UGAACUUAAAAUAAAUAUGUGAAGAGUAAGCAAUAAAAUUAAUAAAGCAAACACAUUGCGCUAAACCACUUACCUGACUGUUGUUGAACUAUUGAAGGAAAAUGAAAGUUUUUAUUCUAUGCUUAAUUGUUCGGCUACCGGGGCUGGCAUACAGUGCGAUCACUUAUAAUGCAGAUAGGAAUAUUUCUGAUGUGGCUAUAGCUCUCUCUGAAAUAAUCAAUGGCUUGAAACCCCGCCAAUUAGCCAUUUUGGCAGCACCUCAAUUUAGCUUCACCACUCGUCACGCACCAUUACCAGCAGGCGCUGAAAUUCCCACCGAUUUACAAUUGGAAGGCAUGCAAAUGGACAUUGAUGAUUUCAUUUAUCAACUUCACAAACUCAACUUUAAAUCUGUAAUCUUUGACAAGGCAGAUUUGUUCUUCAAAUUCGUCGAAGAUAGUCUACAGGGUUCGAUUGAAAGCGUCAAUUUGAUAUUUAGUGCACCUUAUGAGCUUUCUGCACGCAUACAGGAGCGUAGGCUGUCACAUCGCCUGAGUUUGUUCAUAUUUUAUUGGGGCGCUAAACAUCCCCCAAAAGCUAAUGAGGUUCGCUUUGAGGAACCAAUGAGAGCUGUUGUCAUAACGAGGCCAAGGAAGAAAGCCUUUCGCAUUUACUACAAUCAAGCCGUACCCGAUGGUGUUAGUAAUCUUCGUUUGGUCAAUUGGUAUGAUGGCGAUAAUUUAGGUCUGCAGAAAGUACCGUUACUUCCCAAUGCAGCGACUGUUUACUCAAAUUUCAAUGGACGCAUAUUUCGGGUGCCAGUUUUUCAUUCUCCGCCAUGGUUUUGGGUGAACUAUGAAAACGAUUCUGCAAACUCUACAAUGUUUGACGAUUAUGUCGACAAUGAAUAUGGCGAUUUUACUGAAGUAAAUGUGACGGGCGGACGUGAUCAUUGCCUACUAACUCUAUUGGCUGAGCAUAUGAAUUUUCAAUUCAUUUAUAUUGAGGCGCCUGGCAGAACACAAGGAUCCUUGCGUAGCGAUGAUACCGGCGCGGAGAAUGAUAGCUUUACUGGUGGUAUUGGUUUGCUGCAAAAUGGGUUGGCCGACUUUCUUCUCGGCGAUGUCAGCCUCAGCUGGGAGCGUCGCAAGGCCGUCGAGUUCUCUUUCUUCACUCUCGCCGAUUCUGGUGCCUUUGCGACACAUGCACCACGCCGCCUAAAUGAAGCUUUCGCCAUCAUACGCCCCUUUAAACGUGACGUCUGGCCCUACCUUAUAUUGACCGUCAUAUUUUCGGGACCGAUAUUUUAUGCCAUCAUCGCAAUACCGUACAAAUGGCAUUUGCCAUGUCAAACGCGCAGAGUAAGACAAGAGAGAUCAAAUGAACAACAACAACAACAACAACAUGAUGUGGAAAGGGUCGGUGAGCUGAUCUUUCAUAUGGCUUAUAUCAAGGAAAUUACCGGCGACAACGAGAUGACAAGGCGUUUGCUGCGCCAACAACAACACCAACAAGAACGUGAAGCAAAAAAGGAACAGCACCGUCGAGUUGGAGUGCAGUCAUUGGCGGCGGAAAUACCAGACAAUCUAUUCGAUAAAUGCAUUUGGUUUACAGUGCAACUAUUUCUCAAGCAAUCUUGCAAGGAGCUUUAUCAUGGCUAUCGCGCAAAGUUUCUCAUGAUCGUCUACUGGAUUGCGGCCACCUACGUGUUGGCUGAUGUCUACUCCGCCCAGCUUACCUCGCAAUUCGCGCGUCCACCGCAUGAAGCACCAAUUAACACGUUGCAACGACUGCAUACAGCUAUGUUGCGCGAUGGCUAUCAAUUGUUUGUGGAGAAGGAAAGCUCAUCGCUGGAAAUGCUGGAGAAUGGCACUGAAAUAUUUCGCCAAUUGUAUGCGCUUAUGAAGCAACAGAAUCCGGAUAUGGAAGGUUAUCUCAUAGAUUCGGUAGAGUCGGGCAUUUUGUUGAUUGCCGAUGGACUGGAAAAUAAGGCGGUUUUGGGCGGUCGGGAGACUUUAUAUUUCAAUAUACAGCAGUUUGGCUCGAAAACCUUUCAACUCAGUCACAAGCUUUACACGCGUUAUUCAGCAGUUGCAGUACAGAUUGGUUGCUCCUUCUUGGAUAGCCUUAACGAUGUCAUCAUUCACCUCUUUGAAGGCGGCAUCUUAGACAAAAUGACAAAUGCCGAAUAUGCCACACAAUCGCGCAUGUUGGGCAAGGAAUACAACAGCCUGCAUCCCAGCUCGGCGGCCGAUGCAAAUGCUAACAAUGAGCCCCCACCCAGCGAUGAUAACCGAAACGCUAAUGCCGGCAACGACGUCAACGGCAAGGGAGAUGAGAGUGCAGAAGCUGCCACCAAAUCACAGGAUUCACAAAUUAUACAACCGCUCAAUUUGCGCAUGUUGCAAGGAGCAUUCAUUGUGCUACUCUGUGGUUAUGCAGCCGCAACUGGCAUUCUAGUGUUGGAGCUAUGUUGUCAUCGCUUAAAUUCGAACCUCUUGGAGCGUAUUCAGGCCCGCUUGGUGCGCCGUUAUCUUUGGUGUUGUCGGAAAUUCCGUAAAAUUAUACGCCUGGUGUUUGCUAGAAUAUUUCGUUAAUUAGCUUUUUUUCAUGACUAACUUCUUAUCAUUUAGAAGUUUUGCAUAACAAAUGAAGUUUGUAGCAAUUGCGGUAGCGCAAUUAGUUGCUUUGGUGGAGUUGUUGUCACAUUAUUCUAAUUCUAUGAAGCUACUCGUACAAUAUUUACAUAAUUUAUCAUGAAACCCGCAUGCACGUGUAGCUGCUUAAAAGUGUAAUCAGCUGCUAGAAUAAACCCAUCGUAAUGCUUAACUGCGGCUUUGGAAUCGCUGAAGUGUAAUACAAAUAUGACGAUUGGGCUGUGGCUCGAGAAAAUUAAAGGGCAUUGUUGAAAGAGCACAAAAACGUGUUGAUUCUGUUU